CCGGAUAUCCCUCUAGUGACAGGUCGCGCUCUGAGACACCGGAAGUAAUCGUCGCUUUUGGUGACGCUGCAUUAGACCUCAAGACAUGGACCGGUCUAGGCUGUUCGGGUUGUUCCUUCUCAGCCUGGCUCUUUCCGGAGCUCAGGCGCUCACACCGUCGCAUUACCUCUCCCUGUCUGAUGUGGCCCGACUGCAGAACCUCCUGAGCCAGCAGUUCACUGACCUGGAGUCCGCAUACUACUCAGUUGUAGGUCUGACCAAGCUGGGAGCGACAGUUCCCGAUCACGAAGAUGUGUGCCAGUUUGUGAAAUCCCAGCUUGAUUCCACUAGUGUUGAUUCACUCUUCUUUGCUGCUGAGAUCAGUCGUGCCAUUUCUGGAUGUGAGAUCCCUGUAUCCAACGAAACCCGUGACCUCCUCCUGGCUGCAGUCAGUGAAGAUUCGACCAUGACACAGAUUCAUCGGGCUGUGAGUGCUCUCAGCUCUCUUGGGCUUCCUCUUGCUUCCCAGGAAGUUGUAGGUUCCCUGACAGCCCGGAUCAACAAGGAGGAUAAUGUUAUGGCCAUCACCAUGGCUCUGCAAACAGCAUCCCAGCUUUCCCAGCAGGCAGAGCUUGGAGGAAUACUGGAAGAAAUUGAGGAUCUGACAGCUCGCUUGGAUGACCUUGGUGGCCUCUACCUCCAGUUUGAAGAGGGACUCGAAGCAACCGCCAUGUUUGUGACCGCUGCUUAUUCCCUGUCAGAUCACGUGGACAUGGAGCCUCCUAUCAAAGAGGAUCAGGUCAUUCAGCUGGUUAAUUCUAUCUUCAGCAAGAAAUCCUGGGACUCUCUGUCUGAGGCUUUCAGCGUGGCAAGCGCCGCCGCUGCUCUGUCCGGCAACCGCUUCCACGUACCGGUAGUCGUCACUGCCCAGGGCCCAGCUACUGUUUCCCACAGCCAGCCAACCCUGCAGCUCCUUGUCACUGAUGUCAUAUCUCAACCACUAGACUCAGCCAACGUGGUGGUGGAAUCUGCAUACGCUGUGGCCUCGAAGACUGCCAUUCUCAACCAAGCACCAUUCACAAUUAAUGACGGCAUCUUUGAACUGAACUUCAUGUCCAGCCAGCCGGCCAGCGGAUAUUACCAGUUCACCAUUGCAGUGACCGGGGACAGCCGGCUGGUUGCCAAUCAUGUCGAGCUUAAAGUGAAGGUGUCCACAGAGGUGGCUGUGACCAACAUGGACCUCUCUGUGGUGGAUAAGGACCAGAGCAUCGGCACAAAGACCACCAGGGUGGACUAUCCUUCCAAAGCUAAGAGCUCCUUCACAGCAGACAGCCACCAGAACUUUGCCAUGUCCUUCCAGCUGGUUGACGUUAACACUGGAGUGGAGCUCACACCUCACCAGACCUUUGUCCGGCUGCACAAUCAGAAAACUGGCCAGGAGGUCGUGUUUGUGGCCGAACCCGACAGCAAGAACCUGUACAAGUUUGAGUUGGACACAGCAGAGCGGAAAUCGGAAUUCGACUCCAUCUCUGGCACCUAUUCGCUCUACCUCAUCGUUGGAGACGCCACUUUAGAGAAUCCCAUUCUGUGGAACGUGGCCGACGUCAUUCUGAAGUUCGUGGAUGAGGAGGCCCCGGCAACAGUUCAACCCAAGACUCUUUAUGUACCCAAACCAGAGAUUCAGCAUCUGUUCAGGGAACCUGAGAAGAAGCCCCCCACAGUGGUUUCCAACACCUUCACUGCACUCAUCCUGUCUCCCUUCCUGCUGCUGCUCAUUCUGUGGUUCAAGCUCGGCGCCAACAUCUCCAGCUUCAGCUUCUCUCCGAGCACCAUCCUGUUCCAUCUGGGACACGCAGCCAUGCUGGGCCUGAUGUACGUCUACUGGACCCACCUGAACAUGUUCCAGACUCUGAAGUACCUGGCAAUCAUCGGCGGUGUAACUUUCCUUGCCGGAAACCGCAUGCUGGCCCAGAAAGCAGUGAAGAGAAAUCAGAAAAAAUAGGGGCAAGAAAAAAGAAGAUGAGGAUUGUUUUGUUGUUUCCAUCAAAACCUUGUUUUGUUUUUUGUUUUUUUUUUUAAAGAGAAAAUGGGACGAAAAGUUGAAAACUUCAAAGCAUGCAGUUUGUCUGUGUUGCCAAAUGGAAGAAAUUGAAAUAUCACCACGUCUCUGGGAGUCUGGAAUAACACUCAGUGCAGAGGACUGUGGAGCUACUGAUCAUUGCACUUCAUCUUCCUGUGAGAUUUGUUUUCUUAUUACGAGCUGGUUUUUGUUGUUGGUUUUUUUUUUUUUUUUUUAAACCUGGGUUUGUCCCGUCCCCCUCCUUUUUUUUUUUUUUUUUUUUUUUUUUUUUUUUUUUUGUUUUGGUACAUUCCUCUUUUUUGUCCCUCAGCUCACCUCAUAACAUUUUUCAACUGUUAAUGAACCAUAUUGGCAGUAAUACUGACACAUGGAACAUUUCUGUGGUUGUUUCCUAUUUGAUACAGAGUUGAUGUCUGAGAAAAUCUGUUAAUAAGUAAAAGAAAAGGGCAAUUUGAGGAUGUUUUUGUAAAGAAGAACAGGAAAUAAAGGUGCUGGGGAGGUCAAGUC